AUGAAACACUUCUUGGUUUCUCUGCUUCUCCUGGAAACUUUUCUACAUGCCUUGGCUCAAUGCACUGCCCCAGCCUCAGAAUUUCAGCUGGAAGGAGAUUAUUUGUUGGCUGGACUUUUUGAUAUUCAUCAAGAUAGUUCCGCUGCUAAACAAGACAGACCAGAGGCUAUCGACUGCUCCAGUAAACCCUUGAUCCUGUCAAGUUAUCGGAGGUUUCAGUUGAUGAGAUUCUCUGUAGAGGAAAUCAAUAACUCCACCAACCUCCUGCCAAAUGUAUCUCUUGGCUAUGAGAUAUUUGACCACUGCUCAGAUACACACAAUUUUCCAGGCAUUUUGAAACUCCUCUCAGUCAAUGAUUUUAUCCAACCUUGGGCUGAACCACACAAGAAACUGUCCAAAGUGAUGGCAGUGAUCGGCCCUUAUACAAGUACUCAGGCCCUGACUGUAGCCCCACUGUUCAUGAUGGAUCUCAUUCCUAUGGUCAGUUAUGGAGCUGGUAGUUCGGUCUUUUCAAGAAAACAGAAUUUUCCCUCUUUCCUACGAACCAUGCAUCCCAAUGGAGAACACAUAGAAGGGCUUGUUAAUAUUGUGCAACACUUUAACUGGCGCUGGGUUGCUUUCCUUAACGUUGAUGAUGAAUAUGGAAAUGAUGGCCGGGAAUUGUUCAUAAAGAGGAUUAAGAACACUGAGAUUUGCCUGGCGUACACCAAAGGCCUCAAUCAAUAUACAGAUCACUCCCAAAUCUUCAGACAGAUAGAGGCCCACAGGAUAGGUAUCAUUAUUGUUUUUGCUCCUGAAUGGACUGCUGAGGCUCUCAUUGAAUCAGCAAUAAAACUAAAUGUCACCAACAAGGUGUGGAUAGCAGAUGAGGCAUGGUCCUUAAACAAGAAGCUCCGCAAGAAGAAAGGAAUAAAAAAUAUUGGAACUGUAAUUGGAGUUGCUGAGCAAAAAGAGACAAUACCUGGUUUCAGUGAUUUUAUAUAUUCUCUCAAAAGCCAGACUCAUUGUGGAAAUGAUCAACAAAAUACAUUUUGUAAUCAGGUUUGCAACUGCAGUAGUCUGAGUCCAGAACAAAUCCUCGCUGUGGACCAAUCUUUUAAUUUUCCUGUUUAUUCUGCUGUGUAUGCCAUCGCUCAUGCCUUUCACAAUAUCUUGGAAUGUGAAUCAGGCAGAUGUAAGGGCAAUGUUACAGUGUACCCACACAUGGUUCUCGCAGAGAUGAAGAAGUCAAACUUUACACUUUUAAAUCAACGUAUCCACUUUGAUGAGAAUGGUGACCCAGCGUUCGGAUCCUAUUCUAUAGUUUUCUGGAACCAAAGUGGUGAUGCAGAGGAGAUUGGCUUUUACGAUUUUCAGCCAACGUUCCAUUUCUCCAUCAACAACACCAAAAUUCAGUGGCACACAAAGGAAAAAGUGCCUACUUCACUGUGCUCCCAAGAAUGUGAUGUAGGAUUCGCAAAAAAACAAGAUGGAAUCCACAAAUGCUGCUUCGAUUGUGAAAUCUGUCCGAAUGGAACUUAUAUCAACAAAACAGAGGAUCCCUACAAGUGCAUUUACUGUAAGGAAACCGAAUGGUCUGCAGCAGGAAGUACAUCAUGCAAUCUGCGGGAGGUGGAGUACAUCCCAUUCACAGACAGCAGGGCUAUACUGAUCAUGGUUUCAGCCUUGGCCUUGGUGGGCCUCACACUAGCCAUAUCCGUUCUCUUUGCUAUCAACUACAACACACCUGUUGUCAGAUCUGCUGGGGGUCCAAUGUGCUUCCUAAUUUUAGGCUGUCACAGUCUGUGUAGUCUUAGUGUGUUCUUUUAUUUUGGUAAACCAACAGUUUCCUUUUGUAUCUUAAGGUUCUUACCAUUUCUCUUGUUUUACACGGUUUGUCUAGCAUGUUUUGUUGUGCGCUCUUUUCAAAUUGUUUACAUUUUUAAAAUAGCGGCCAAGUUCCCUAAACUCCAUACUUGGUGGAUGAAAUAUCAUGGACAAUGGCUGGUCAUCACUGUGGCAUUUGUUACUCAGGCGCUCCUACUUCUUUUUGGUUAUACUUUCUCCCCUUCCAAACCCUACAAUGAAACACUUGAGUACCCAGACAAAAUCAUACUUGGUUGUGACAUUAAUCUAAAAGAAUUUUCUGGUCCUGUGGUUUUACUUUUAUCUUUGUGCUCUCUUUGCUUUAUUUUCUCCUACAUGGGAAAAGACCUCCCAAAAAAUUACAAUGAAGCCAAAGCAAUUACCUUCUGCCUGCUCCUGCUGAUCCUCACCUGGAUCAUCUUUGCCACUGAAUACUUACUUUACCAUGGCAAGCACAUCCAAACACUUAACGCCUUGGCAGUACUCUUCAGUCUCUACUCUUUUCUGUUGUGGUAUUUCCUCCCAAAAUGUCACAUCAUCAUUUUUCAAUCAUACAAAAACACACAGGAGUACUUCCAAGGUCUCAUUCAGAAUUAUACAAUCAAACAGUAG